AUGGGAAACAAAGUAUGAGAGCCUCAAGUGCAAACAAACCAAAAAAAGAAGCACCCAAAGCUGAUUUUCUGCCAAGGCUUCAACAAGCAUAAUGAAUGUGGGGGUGAAGACGGAUAUGUCACCCGAGAAAGAGUCGCUACCUCAGUUUCAGCAGGCUUUAACCACAAUCUCGCUAUUUUAGCCAGUGGACAAUUAGUCUCAUGGGGCUCAAAUGAAUUCGGACAGCUUGGCAGCCAAGGAAACACAUGGCUUGAAUCUUGAAUUUAUGAGCCUCCAAAGGUCCAGACUAUUUAUUUCCCUCGGCAAUUUGGAAAAAUUUCCAUUUCACAAAUUUCUGCUGGUGCUUGGCACUCUGCAUGUAUUUCCAAUACUGGAAUUUUAUUUACAUGGGGACUCGGAACUAGUGGCCAAUUAGGCUAUCCAGCUAACCCUGACGAUUUUGUUAGAGCUCCUGGGACUUCUCACAAGUUUUGCCCUAAUCCUAAAUCUGUGGACUAUUUUACCAAUCAUCCAAUUUAUUAUGUUUCCUGUGGUAGCACUUUUACAGUGGUUUUAAGCCGAGGACGAGAAGUUUUUAUAUUUGGAGACGGAAGCCAUGGGGUGUUCGGAAAUGGCAAAAAAGGCAAAAAAUGGGAGCCGCAGCUCAUUGAGGCGUUAAUUGGAAAAGAAAUCCGAAAAAUCGCAUGUGGGUGGAACCACGUGCUGGCGCUUUCGAUGACUGGAAAAGUUUACUAUUGGGGAAACCAAUAUGCUGAUAUGAGGGAAAAUUUCCCAGAUACUGAAAUUCCAGAGUUGGUCCCAGGCUUGGAAGAUAAUUUUAUUACUGAUAUAGCAUGUGGUGAUUACCAUUCUGCUGCCUUGUCAAGAAGAAACCCCAAUGCACUCUUCACGUGGGGAGGGAAUGGGUAUGGCCAAUUAGGCUAUGUUAUAGAAGAUGAGGACCCUUAUAUCAAUUUUAUCCCAAAAAGGGUCGAAAUUUACCACGAAAUUUCCUCAAUAAGCUGUGGAGGGUUAUUUAUGGUCGCAAAAUUGAGGGAUGGGACAGUUUUAGGCUGGGGAAGCAAUAAGCAUCGCCAAUUCGGGAAAAAUGGGCAAGAAUUUUAUCAGCCGCUUGUGCUCUUUGAUGGGUCGGUAAAUAAGAUAUCAAGAGUUAUGGCUGGGCACUCACAUAUAGCAGUCUUAUGCAAAAAAGAAAUUAUAUUUGGGGAAUUUUUAGCUCCAGGAAAAGAAGCGUUUUCACCUGCAGAAACUGAAGCGUCUAUUCCAACUGGUAGAGAAGAGCAUAAAGAAAGCCAAUUCUUAAUGUAUAAAGAAUAUGAAGCGAUAAGGUACCACAAAGAGACUUAA